AUCUUUCUCGUGGUUACGGUGGCCGUUGGUGCUUGUGGUCUAGUUGAUCUGGACCAUGUCAAAGAAUCAAAUAAUACAUCAAAAGCAAUGACAGAGAAUGCGACCGGCCAGUGCAACUUCCAAGAUUCUCGCAUUUACCUCUGGUACUUUACAUACGUAUGCGCCUUGACGAAGUCCGUAGUCUUCAGCUUCUACCGCAUCCAUUUCGCAUUGAAAUUUAGCUUUUAUGCAACUUCAUAGCCAUAUACACAGUAAUGACAGUGAACAUCUACAUAGAAAUAUGUCCGCUAUAUGAUGGUCGAGAAGAAUGCCUCUUAUGCCAAGCUAGUCCAUCUGUUCAGCCGGAACUCAGUCAUGCUUUAUAUCUGUUGACUAUCCUCAUGAUUUUGCACGUGGCCGACCGUCAGAUUGAAUUCAUCAACCGGCUAGAUUACGUGUGGCAGCGUCAGCUGGCCAAUGAACAGGAGGAAGAUAACACCACCAGAAUCGUCAACAAGAUGUUGCUUCUAAACAUCUUGCCCCAUCACGUUGCUGAUGUUUAUCUAGAUACAUCCCGCUGCAGUGAACAACUGUAUCACGAAGAACACAAACGAGUGGCCGUCAUGUUUGCCUCUAUUCCAAAUUUUAUGGACUAUUUCGCAGAAAAUGACAUCGACGAUCGUUGCUUAGGAGUCCUUAACUCGAUCAUCAGCGCGUUUGAUGCGUUGUCAUUCGAGGAAUCCGGUUAUUGCAGGAGUUGUCGGAGCGCAAAAGCCGCUUUACGACAUUUGGGGCGAUACGGUCAACAUGGCAUCCCGGUUGGAGUACACUAGUAAAUUGGGUGAAAUUCAAGUUACAGAAAAGACGGCCAAAUUACUGGAAGCUGUUGGCAUCCACUGUGAGAAGCGAGGCGAAACGUUCUUGAAAGGCAAAGGCCUCGUUAUGACGUACUGGGUGCGUCCGGAGGAGUUAGAUUCCUACGAUUCUCUUCAAAAUUCCUCGGCGCGAUUAAGAGCUUCCUCAUCGGUUUGAGCGACAUGUUAUUGACAUCAACUUCGGCUCGCAGUUCACUAAGCCGCAAACCAAUCGGCUGUCCGUUCUGAUUGAAGAAGACAAAGGAGAACGUUCCAGUCAAAAAGCUUUUGUCGUCUUGUUCUAGUGUGGGAGCUAAUCUAAUCUAGCUCUUACAUCACCUCUUCUCAGGAAAUUCGAGUUGUAAGAAGAUGUCGAUAUUGUGUCACUGUCGAAUGAAGACGUUAAUUUAGAUAUUUAUGAUGAAGAUUAAAUGCACCUCUAAAAAAAAUUCCC